AUGGACAACUCCAUUGUCUUAACGGAGAGUCCUAUUCAUUUUCCUGGAAGAAAGAGGACUGUAUGUGAGAAUGUUCUGGCUCCCCAUGGAGAUGAUGAUGAUUUUGUGCAGACUCCGACAGGUGAUGUCAGCUGGGGGCGUCUGAAUGGCGGUGCAGAGCUGAAGAAAGCGAUUAAACGUACAGAACUAUAUGGAUUUCCGGAUGUGGCACCAGUCUCUGAUGAAAUGGGAGGGGAUUUCGAUGAACUUGAGUUGUCAAAUGAAGAUGGAGAGAUAUGGGUUGGGAAAAAGUUCAGGAACAAGGAACACUUUAAAAUCAUGUUGGCCAUCAAUGCGCUGAAGAAUAUAGUGACGUUCGAAUUCAAAAAGCAUGCGAAGAAGUACACAGUCGCCGAAUGUUCAUCAAAGAUAUGUGAUUGGAGAGUGUUGGGGUGUCAAGUUGGCGAGUCGGCGUUGUAUGAGGUGAGGAAGGCGUGUUUGAAGCAUACAUGCCACCCGGAUACAAGAAAGAAAUUUUCAGAACAUGCUACUUCUAAAGUCAUGGCGGCUCUGCUGAAGUCUAAGUAUGAGAAUGCAAUAGUUGGGCCACGUGCGAGUCAGCUACCUGCGAUUGUUCUCUCCGAAUAUAAUAUUACAGCCUCGUACUGGAAAUGCUGGAAAGCUAAGGAGCUGGCUAUAUACUCUGCUCACGGAACAGAGGAGACUUCUUUCAAAUUAUUACCGAUUUACCUCCAUGUGCUCAAGUAUGCUAACCCCGACACCAUAACGCAUUUGAUAACCGAGAGCGAGAGAGAUGAAAAAGAAGGAAAAUGUAUUACCAGGUUUAAGUCCGUAUUUAUGGCAUUGGCUGCGUGUAUAUCUGGAUGGAAACAUUUGAAACAAGUAGUUGUUGUUGAUGGGACUCACCUCACUGGUAAGUAUAAGGGUUGUCUAUUAACGGCCAAUGGACAAGAUGCUAAUUACCAGAUUCCUCUGAUCUUACUAUUAUCUCGGAUAGGCACGGUGGAAUUGCCAAAGCUAAUACGGAAAUGGGAUCCACAGUCACGCCACGGUGCAUGUCUUGUCCAUAUCCAGAGAAAUGUUCACGGUAAAUACAAAGGUUCCGGUCAGAAAGGGUUGGUCGGAAAGGCUGGAGAAGCGUUCACAGUUUCUAAUUUCAAGAAACUAUACGCAAGGCUGAAGGAUGUUGAUUAUGGUUGUUGGGAGUACAUGGAAAAAAUCCCUCUUGCGCUGUGGACUAGAUCACACUUUUCUGGUCAGAGGUAUAAUCUGACCUCCAAUAACAUUGCAGAGUCUCUGAACAAUGCCCUAUUAGCUCCCAGAGACAGUCCAAUCGUUGCAAUGCUAGAAUUUAUCAGGCGAAUGUUAAGUAGGUGGCUUGAAUGCAGAAUAGAGACCAUUCAAAAGAUGGAUGGUGACAUUACAGAAGUUAAUGAACCUGCAGCAGCAAAUAUCUGCUGCACUUUCGGUUCAAGGCAUUUCUUUGUGGGAGGUUGA